UUUUUCAAACUUGGUCGAUGAAGCGUCACAAGAUUCUAUCCAACAUAGUCUAUAUGACAAACGGUCUGAGAAAGUGUGUGAAAGUCGACAUUCACCUGGCGUAAACGUCCAGCAUUGCAACACUGGUGAAAAAUCUCAAUGUCAAAUAGAAAGAAAUCAAAGGACAAGUGACGAAGGGGAGACCAGUAAACCACAAAGCCCGCAGAGAACGAAAAUGCAAUUGGUCUGGAAAAAGAAAAAGAUGUCGAUGAAGCGUCACAAGAUUCUAGUCUACUAA